AUGGAUGGCUGGGUGGACGGCCGGGUGGCCAGACAGACGGACAGUGGCCGGCCGGCCGGCAGGCAAGUGUCCCGCGGCGUCUGCGGACGCGGGUUCCAAGCAGCCGCACCCAGGGCGCGGGGUUCGAGGCUCUGGAACGCGCUUGUGCCGUCGGCGCCCCACACGGGCGCGGGCUCCGGCUCCGGCUCCGGCUCCGGCUCCGACGACCGCGCGGCCAUGGGCUUCCCCGGCGAGCGCGCGCCCGGGCCCCGCGUGGGCGCCCCCGAGUGGCGCGGGGACGCGCAGGCGCGCACACGGCGGGCGCGGGCGUGGGCGGAGCGCGGGGGGCGCGCGGCGGCGGCGCUGUGGCAACCGGCCCCGGGUGCGAGCGGCCCCGACGACGGCCCGGCCGCCUGGCGCUUCCGGGCGGAGACGCUGCGCGGCGGCGGCGCGGUGGAGAAGCCGCCCCCCGGCGAGGGCGCGACCCUGUGGCGCAGCCGCCUCAAGCCCCCCGCCUGGCGCGCGCUCCUGCCGCCGCCCCCGCUCCGCGACGCGCGCGCCCUGCGCUCGGCCGCCCUGGUGCACGCGCACGCGCGGGGGGCGCGCCUAGCGGCCGCGCGCCUCGGCCACGCGCAGCAGCAGCUGGACGGGCAGCUGCGCCUCCUGCUCCGCCAGCGCGCGGCCACCGACCGCCGCCUCGGCCACGUGCGCGCCGCGCUGCAGCUCAACCGGCAGGGCGCACGCCUGCGCGGGCUCAGGCCGCCGGCCGAGAGGGUCCCCGACAAGGUGGACAGCAUGAUGACCUGGGAGAAAGACGAGUUGACUGAGAUGAAGAGGAAGAUGGAGGUGGACAUGGAGAAGUCUGAGGCCUUGCUCAAGGCCCUGGCAUCCUGCCGCGACCUUCUGGACACCUGCUACAAGGAGCGCCUGCAGGCCGUGGACCUGAUGAACCAGCCGAUGGACAAGGUCCUGGAGCAAGCCGGCCGCCCCUCCUGGGUGAACCUGUCGCGGAUCCCCACGCCCCGCACGCAGGGCCAGAAGACGCCCCCCGUGGACCCCGCGGGUGUCUACACCCCAGACUGUGCCCGCGCCCUGCACGAUGCCCGGCGGCUGAUGCUGGAGUCCCGGGACCUCCUGGAGGAGAUGAAGGAGGGCGAGGCGCACACCCGGGAGCGCCAGCAGCUGGUGGGCGGCCGCGUGUGCUCCACACUCGCCCAGAAGAUGCACGAGACGGUGGAGCUGAAGGAGAAGAUGAGCCUGGCCUUGGGCCUGGUGCGGGGAACCAUCAACCGCUGCUCCAAGUACAGGCAAGAGAUGGUCACCACGCAGGGUCUCAUCCAGGGGCCUCUGUUAGCAGGCGACCUGCAGACGCGGGAGAAGCUGGACAGACCCCUGGUGCGCAUGUACCAGAGACACCUGGGCAGCCAGCUGCCAGAGGCCGCGCACCUGGCGCAGGGCGCGGAGAAGCUGCAGACAAGCAUCUCCCAGCUGGACAAGACCCUGCGGCAGCUGCAGGGGCAGGGCCAGGAGCUGGUGCGGGGCAUCCGCAGCAAGCAGCUGGGCCAGGAGGUGGACCAGAGGGCCAUCCGCCUGCGGCUGCGCCUGGGCCACCCAGGGGUGCACUACGAGCAGGCCCGGCGCCCGGUCAGCCACUGGGACGCCCGCGCCCCGCCCCGGGCCACCGCCCAUUGACCCCAGAACCCAGAGCGAACUCCCUCCCUCCAUCUCUCCCUACCUCCCUCCUUGUGAUUCUCCUGCGGGCGGGACUCACUAUAAAGACGUUUUAUCACCUUGU